AUGGAAUACGUCCUUCAAGAUGCCAUCUGGAAAAUGCAACAGCUGGAGGACCUGACCCUGCGAAGCCGGAUUUUGGGGAAUAAGAUUUCAAUUCCAACUGAAAUUGGAACAAUGAUAGAACUGACAUCCCUACGAGUGGUGGACUGGAAUCUUCACAGCACUAUUCCAAACCAAGUUGGAAAAUUAGAGAAGUUGACUUCUCUUAGUUUGCAUGGCAAUGCAGUCUCAGGAACUGUGCCGCCAGCCUUGUUGGAGUUGACCAAUCUGGUCCAUCUAGAUCUGGGCUAA